UAUCAGCGCCAAUCCAGCGUUGCCCGUCCGAGCGGCUGGCGCGGUACUUUGUGCCCGUUGUUCGGGCUGAAAUCAUUCCCAGUCCAAGCCUGGAAGUUUCUGUUGCAGGUCGGAGGAGGUUUUGCUGAUUUUUUUUCCUGUCGUGGCAAACGUCUUCGCGCGGCGCAGGCAGCCGCAGAUUAUCUGAUGGUAGCGAACUGUCGGCUAAAUGCGUGCUAACUUUAGCUUGGCAAGAGCAGCUAAAUGGUGAGCUGGUGCUUAUUUGCAGGUUGUGCAAAUAGUGGGGUAAUAUCAGCAAACAAUGGCGAACUCAAAUGAAGAGGCGCAGACAAAGGUAAAAGAACAGACUGACAGAGACUCCGUGGAAGUUGCUUUGCAGCCAGGAGCAUCUGUGAAUAUGGGUGACCCAGUGGUUGAUUUCAAAUCUUCCCCAAGACCUUCUGAACACAGAGAGGCUGUUGACUUUGAUUCUGUUGUUGGUGUACAAGGAACGGAGAGUAGAGAAACUAGGGUCAGAGUGGAUGUAGACACAUUAGUGAAUAUGUACAACCCAGAGUUAAUCAAAUCAUCCACAAGACUUUCUGAACAUGGAGAAGAUAUUGAUUGUGGUUCUCUUACUUUCAAAAAAGAAACAUCAAUAAAAGAACCUGGCACCAGAGUUGAAUCAGAAACAUCAGAGGAUAUGUGCAACCCAGAGAGGAACAAAUCAUCCACAAGACUUUCUGACCAUGGAGAAGAUCUUGAUUGUGAUUCUCUUACUGUCAAAAAAGAAACAUCAAUGAAAGAACCUGGCACCAGAGUUGAACCAGAAACUUCAGAGGAUUUGUGCAACCCAGAGAGGAACAAUUAUUCCACAAGACUUUCUCACUGUGGUAAAGUCACUGACUUUGGUUCUGUAGCUGCUGACAAAGAACCUGAGGAAAAAGAAACUGCUGCCAAGACAGAGCCAGAAACAUUCAUGGAUAUGUACAACCCAGACAUUAUUUACUCUUCCACAAGAUCUUCUCAAUGUGGACAAGAUGGUAAUGUUGAUUCUGUAGUAAUUGAAAAAGAAACUGAGGCCAAGCCUGAAUCGGAAACAUUAGUGGAAUUGUCCAACCCAGAGAUGAUUGACUCUUCUGCAAGAUCUUCUCAACACGGAGAUGACCUCGUCUUUGGUUCAGUAGCUGUUGAAAAAGAAAUGGAGAGAAAAGAAAGUGCAGCUAAUGUGGAACCAGAAACGGUGGAUAUGUGCAACCCAGAGAUGAAUGAAGCUUCCAUAAGACUUUAUCAACAUGGUGAAGACAGUGAUGAUGUUUCAGUCACUGUUGAAAAAGAAAGUGGGGCCAAAGCAGAACCAGAAGCAUUAGUGAAUCUAGAUUGCCCAGAAGGUGAUCUGAAAUGCUCCUCUCUGCCCUUUUCUGGGCAGAGAGAGGAUGACGACUUUGUUUUUUUUGAAAAAGAAAUGGAGAGAAAAACUGAAACCAGAGAGGAGCCAGAAGAGUCUGUUGAUACAGAUGACCUGGAGAUCGUUCCAAAACGUUCCCCAAGGCUUUAUAAACAUGUAGAGGAUGUUGAAUUUUGUUCUGUUGAAGAAAAAACUGAGAGAAAAACUGAAAACAAAGGGAUACCAGAAGAGUCUGUGAAUAUGGGCAAUCCGGAGAUUGAGCCAAAACCUUCCCCAAAGCUUUCUGAGCAUGUAGAGGAUGUUGGCGUUGGUUCUGUUGAACAGAAAACUGAGAGAAAAACUGAAGACAAAGGGAGACCAGAAGAAUCUGUGGAUAUGGGUGAUGCGGUGAUUGAGCCAAAACCUUCCCCAAAGCUUUCUGAACAUGUAGAAGAUGUUGGCUUUGGUUCUGUUGAACAGAAAACUGAGAGAAAAAAGUGAAGACAAAGGGAAACCAAAAGAGUCUGUGGAUAUGGGCAAUCCAGAGAUUGAGCCAAAACCUUCCCCAAAGCUUUGUGAACAUGUAGAGGAUGUUGACUUUAGUUCUGUUAAAGAGAAAACUGAAGCCAAAAUGAAGCGAGAAGAGUUGGUGGAUUUGUGUGAUCCAGAGAUCAUUCCAAGACCUUCCCCAAGAGUUUCAGAACAUGGAGAUGAUGUUGACUUUGGUUCUGUUGAUGAAAAAACUGAAGCAAAACUGAAACCAGAAGAGCCUGUGGAUAUGGGUGAGCCAGAGAUUGAGCCAAAACACGAAGAUGAUGUUGAUUUUAGUUCUGUAGCAGUUGAAAAAGAAACUGAGAGAAAAGAUUUGGGGGCUGAAGUAGAGCAAGAACCAUCUAUGAAUUUGGUUGACUCAGAGGUCAAGGUUAAAUCUUCUUCAAAAGUUGAAUGUGGGGAAAAUGUUGAUAGAGAAAAUAUGUCCAAAGUGGUCCGUGCUGUAAGUCCAUCAUCCUCACCUGAAUGCUUGCCUGCAACCGACACAAUCAGCUCUGCUGUGUUUGUGGGCAGCGACAGGCCAAGUUGUGCCUCAGAGUCUGACAGGGACUGUACAGAGGUGAAACCUGUGGAAGAAUCUUCAUUAAAAGAAGAAAGUGUGGGAUGUACAGACAUGAGCCUGGAGGAAAAGCCUCUUAGACCUGCUGAAAAGGUGGACCUAGACAUGGAUAGUAAUCCAGACAUCAGCCCAGAGAAGGUCAAGCAGUGUCCUGAUUCUGCAGCUAAUGACCUUGAUGAGUUGAUGGACAUCGGUACUGUGGAUCAGAUGGAACAAGAAGCUCAGAUGAAAGAAGAGGAAAAGAAUAUUUUGAUGGAUGUGGAUAGCAACAGCUCGUCUGCCGUAUCAAACACAGUCCCAGAGGUCAGUAACUCUGCUGCAGAGGACACUGACAUGAAACCCAGUGCCGUCCCACAACUCUCAGAGGAGGAUCCAGUGGAGGACAUGAAAAUGUCUGUGGAGACACGGCCCACGUCAUCUUCAUCAUCUGAAGCUACAGCUGGGACAGGAGGGGAGGACACAACACCAGCAUCUGAUGUUAAGGGGAUGAAAAUAGUGAAACUAUCAGCAACAGCAUUAGACACUGACACAGUGGAGUCGGUCAAGGCGUGUGUUACACCACCCUUAGUGAAGGUGAAGGACGAACCCAUGGAUGAUGAGUAUGAACAAUCUCUUAUAUCUUCUGUACCCACUGCAAGUGUGAAAGAUGAGCCUCAUUCUGCAAGGGAGGACUUGAAGAUUGGAUCAGUCUAUUCUGUGACCUCGACUGAAACGCUGAACGUUCCACAAAACUUCAAUCCGCCGGCUUCGCACAUGACCUGCUCGCACUGCGGCAGGAGUCUCACCAAAGGACAGACGGCUUUCCAGAGGAAAGGCUCGCCGGGACUGUUCUGCUGCACCUGCCUCAGCAUGUCUCUCCCACCGGUCAAAGCCUCCACAAAGAUCUGCCACUACUGCCAAAAGAUGAUAUUGCGGCCACAGGAUGUCAUCAGUUCACCAGACGCUAAAGGAGUUAUGAAGGAGUUCUGCAGCCAAAACUGCCUGUCCACCUUCAACUACAAGAGGAACGCCUCAGCCAAAAUAACAGUUCCACCUUUAGCCCCAAAGUCUGUCUGCAGCAUGUGCACUAGAUACUGCAUCAGUAAACAUGAGGUGAUCCUGAACAGUACAGUCCACAAGAUUUGCAGUGACGCCUGCUUCACUCGUUUCCGUGCAGUCAACCGCCUGUCCAUGGCCAGCUGUGCGAACUGUAACUCCUACUGUCACAAAAAUCCACUCAUGUUGAAGCUGGAAGAUUGCAAUAAAACUCUCUGCAAUGCCGACUGUGUGGCCAAAUUCAAAGAGAAAACCAAAACACCACAACCAUGUACAAUGUGUCGCACAAGCCGGAAUAUUUCUGACAUGGUGGACAACAAAAACAGUGAUGACUCUGUGAAUCUGUUCUGUAGCAGCAGCUGUGUGAUGGCCUUUAAGGUUCAGACUGUCAGUGCUUCUGGUGUUCGUUUGAAUUGUGAUAAUUGUGGGAAAAAUACUGUCCCGUCGUAUCACCUGGCCAUGUCAGAUACCUCCAUCAGGAACUUCUGCACUCUACCUUGUGUAAUGGCGUUUCAGGACAAGUUCAAAAAGAAUCCAAAUCAAGUGAAUGUUUUCACCAAGCUGCCAGUAGAGUCCACUCCAAUCCAGACCACUACUCCUGUCAAAUCCCAGCCAGAUGUCUCAAAAGGACAAGUGAAACUGAACUGCUCCCAGUGUUCCUGCAGCAUCACCUUUAAACCUGAGCUCUUCCAAAUCAAGGACAAGGUGGUUUUUGUUUGUAGUGUGGCCUGCUCCCAAGAGUAUAAGAAGGCCAACAAUGUGGUCAGCCUGUGUGAAUACUGCAAAAUUGAAAAGAUCACCAAGGACAAGAGAAUCAACAACAAAAACUGUUCCUUCUGCAGCGACGGCUGCAAGUUGUUGUUUAGACAUGACCUGUCGAAACGCUGGGGGAAACAUUGCCACUCCUGCGCCUACUGCCUCUGUGUCUCCCAGAAGCUGGUGACGGCACAUUACGGCGGCACUACUGAGGAGUUCUGCUGCGAUGAGUGCAGGUCCAAAUACACCAUGCUGUUCUGCCACGUGGCAAAGUGUGACACCUGUGGUCAGAAGCCUGCUGACAAAGAACCUGAGGAAAAAGAAACUGCUGCCAAGACAGAGCCAGAAACAUUCAUGGAUAUGUACAACCCAGACAUUAUUUACUCUUCCACAAGAUCUCUCAAUGUGGACAAGAUGAAAACUGAGAGAAAAACUGAAGACAAAGGGAGACCAGAAGAAUCUGUGGAUAUGGGUGAUGCGGUGAUUGAGCCAAAACCUUCCCCAAAGCUUUCUGAACAUGUAGAAGAUGUUGGCUUUGGUUCUGUUGAACAGAAAACUGAGAGAAAAAGUGAAGACAAAGGGAAACCAAAAGAGUCUGUGGAUAUGGGCAAUCCAGAGAUUGAGCCAAAACCUUCCCCAAAGCUUUGUGAACAUGUAGAGGAUGUUGACUUUAGUUCUGUUAAAGAGAAAACUGAAGCCAAAAUGAAGCCAGAACAGUCUGGGGACCCAGAAGUUGAGCCAAAACCUAAACAUGAAGAUGUUGACUUUGGUUCUGCUGAAGAAAAAACUGAAGCCAAAGUGAAACGAGAAGAGUUGGUGGAUUUGUGUGAUCCAGAGAUCAUUCCAAGACCUUCCCCAAGAGUUUCAGAACAUGGAGAUGAUGUUGACUUUGGUUCUGUUGAUGAAAAAACUGAAGCAAAACUGAAACCAGAAGAGCCUGUGGAUAUGGGUGAGCCAGAGAUUGAGCCAAAACACGAAGAUGAUGUUGAUUUUAGUUCUGUAGCAGUUGAAAAAGAAACUGAGAGAAAAGAUUUGGGGCUGAAAGAAAAUAUGUCCAAAGUGGUCCGUGCUGUAAGUCCAUCAUCCUCACCUGAAUGCUUGCCUGCAACCGACACAAUCAGCUCUGCUGUGUUUGUGGGCAGCGACAGGCCAAGUUGUGCCUCAGAGUCUGACAGGGACUGUACAGAGGUGAAACCUGUGGAAGAAUCUUCAUUAAAAGAAGAAAGUGUGGGAUGUACAGACAUGAGCCUGGAGGAAAAGCCUCUUAGACCUGCUGAAAAGGUGGACCUAGACAUGGAUAGUAAUCCAGACAUCAGCCCAGAGAAGGUCAAGCAGUGUCCUGAUUCUGCAGCUAAUGACCUUGAUGAGUUGAUGGGACAUCGGUACUGUGGAUCAGAUGGAACAAGAAGCUCAGAUGAAAGAAGAGGAAAAGAAUAUUUGAUGGAUGUGGAUAGCAACAGCUCGUCUGCCGUAUCAAACACAGUCCCAGAGGUCAGUAACUCUGCUGCAGAGGACACUGACAUGAAACCCAGUGCCGUCCCACAACUCUCAGAGAGGAUUCCAGUGGAGGACAUGAAAAUGUCUGUGGAGACACGGCCCACGUCAUCUUCAUCAUCUGAAGCUACAGCUGGGACAGGAGGGGAGGACACAACACCAGCAUCUGAUGUUAAGGGGAUGAAAAUAGUGAAACUAUCAGCAACAGCAUUAGACACUGACACAGUGGAGUCGGUCAAGGCGUGUGUUACACCACCCUUAGUGAAGGUGAAGGACGAACCCAUGGAUGAUGAGUAUGAACAAUCUCUUAUAUCUUCUGUACCCACUGCAAGUGUGAAAGAUGAGCCUCAUUCUGCAAGGGAGGACUUGAAGAUUGGAUCAGUCUAUUCUGUGACCUCGACUGAAACGCUGAACGUUCCACAAAACUUCAAUCCGCCGGCUUCGCACAUGACCUGCUCGCACUGCGGCAGGAGUCUCACCAAAGGACAGACGGCUUUCCAGAGGAAAGGCUCGCCGGGACUGUUCUGCUCUGCCACCUGCCUCAGCAUGUCUCUCCCACCGGUCAAAGCCUCCACAAAGAUCUGCCACUACUGCCAAAAGAUGAUAUUGCGGCCACAGGAUGUCAUCAGUUCACCAGACGCUAAAGGAGUUAUGAAGGAGUUCUGCAGCCAAAACUGCCUGUCCACCUUCAACUACAAGAGGAACGCCUCAGCCAAAAUAACAGUUCCACCUUUAGCCCCAAAGUCUGUCUGCAGCAUGUGCACUAGAUACUGCAUCAGUAAACAUGAGGUGAUCCUGAACAGUACAGUCCACAAGAUUUGCAGUGACGCCUGCUUCACUCGUUUCCGUGCAGUCAACCGCCUGUCCAUGGCCAGCUGUGCGAACUGUAACUCCUACUGUCACAAAAAUCCACUCAUGUUGAAGCUGGAAGAUUGCAAUAAAACUCUCUGCAAUGCCGACUGUGUGGCCAAAUUCAAAGAGAAAACCAAAACACCACAACCAUGUACAAUGUGUCGCACAAGCCGGAAUAUUUCUGACAUGGUGGACAACAAAAACAGUGAUGACUCUGUGAAUCUGUUCUGUAGCAGCAGCUGUGUGAUGGCCUUUAAGGUUCAGACUGUCAGUGCUUCUGGUGUUCGUUUGAAUUGUGAUAAUUGUGGGAAAAAUACUGUCCCGUCGUAUCACCUGGCCAUGUCAGAUACCUCCAUCAGGAACUUCUGCACUCUACCUUGUGUAAUGGCGUUUCAGGACAAGUUCAAAAAGAAUCCAAAUCAAGUGAAUGUUUUCACCAAGCUGCCAGUAGAGUCCACUCCAAUCCAGACCACUACUCCUGUCAAAUCCCAGCCAGAUGUCUCAAAAGGACAAGUGAAACUGAACUGCUCCCAGUGUUCCUGCAGCAUCACCUUUAAACCUGAGCUCUUCCAAAUCAAGGACAAGGUGGUUUUUGUUUGUAGUGUGGCCUGCUCCCAAGAGUAUAAGAAGGCCAACAAUGUGGUCAGCCUGUGUGAAUACUGCAAAAUUGAAAAGAUCACCAAGGAAACAAAGAGAAUCAACAACAAAAACUGUUCCUUCUGCAGCGACGGCUGCAAGUUGUUGUUUAGACAUGACCUGUCGAAACGCUGGGGGAAACAUUGCCACUCCUGCGCCUACUGCCUCUGUGUCUCCCAGAAGCUGGUGACGGCACAUUACGGCGGCACUACUGAGGAGUUCUGCUGCGAUGAGUGCAGGUCCAAAUACACCAUGCUGUUCUGCCACGUGGCAAAGUGUGACACCUGUGGUCAGAAGGGCAAGCUGAAGCAGAGUCUUCCCAUGUUGGAGGAGGUCAAGCAUUUCUGUGACCUCAACUGUUUGCUGCAGUUCUGCAGCAACACAGUGCUCACGCAAGGCGAGGUCAUCAGCAAAGGUGGUAUGGAGGACACCCCCGUCAUUGCGAAUGUUGUGUCACUUGCCAGCCCAACAACAGAGACUCCAAAUACGUCUGACAACACUAUUCAUCAAAGAGCAGCUUGGAUUGAAGACACUGUCCCGAAUCUUCAAAAAAAGACGACUGAAUAUGCCAAUACACAGAGGGAUCCUCCACCAAAGGUCCUGAAAAACAAGGCCCUGAUGUGCAGACCACUGGUGCAGAACAAGGGGGUUUCCUGCAGAACACAGACAGUUGACAUUGAGUCACAGACAGAUGAAGUCUUACCUAAACUCCUAGUGAUGCCCAUCCCAGUGCCCGUGUAUGUUCCUGUGCCUAUGGCCAUGUUCAGCCAGUGUACACCCAAAACUGUGGGCCUGCCCUUACCACUGCCCGUUCCCAUGUUUCUUCCUGUGACAUUAAACAGUGCUGAGCGCAUUGUAGAAACUAUUCAGCAGAUAAAGGAGAAAAUUCCAUCUGACCCCUUUGAGGCAGAACUCAUCCUCAUGGCUGAGAUGGUGGCCGAGGAUGAUGAGACGAAGAAGGAGGCAGAGAAGAAGCCGAAGGACAGAGCGUCAGAGAAAGGGAGAGAUGGAGAAGAAGCGGCUGCCCCAGACGAACACACAAGUAACUACAGUGAUGACAUGGAUACAGAGGCGGACCUGGCCAGUUUCCUCAAUACGUGGGACGACCCUUCGUCAGAGACCGGACUCAGGUCGCCAAAUCAACCUCACACCCACGAGAAGGUGCCUCCUGGUUUAGAGGUUUCAGCUGGCAUGCCCAGCCAGCCGUACUCUGAGCCAACACCUCCAGUCCCACCUCCCAUGGACAUUGAAGCUGAGUUUACUGUCGAGACUCUAGAGAAAAUGGCUCGACUUAAAGAGCAGCUGCGGCGUCCUCCGAGCCCUCCACCUGCACCAGCAAGACGGCCUCGACAAGCUCAAAGGAAAGCCCGAGAAAAAAGGGGUCGCAAGCCGCGGUUAACAAAGACCGCUGAAGUGCCGUCUCAAAGAGGCAUUGCCAAAAGGGCCGCCUCUGAAGACCUGCUGAAACUCAAAAGUCUGUAUGGAAUUGACGCGUGGAAGAGAUGGAUCCAAUGGAGAGAAAGUCAACCCAACCAGGAGAAGCCUCGGAUUGGCUCCCGUCCUAUUGAGCUGAAGGAGGACUUGCUUCGCUGCACCACGGCCGAGCUGAGCUACGGCCUCUGCUGCUUCAUCAAUGAGGUGAAACGACCCAACGGCGAGCUGUACUCCCCCGACAGCUUGUUCUAUCUCUGCCUUGGCAUUCAGAAGUACCUGUUUGAGAACGGCCGCGUGGAGAACAUAUUUAUGGACCGCUUCUAUAACAAGUUCUCCACAGAGUUCACUGUGAUGCUAAAGAACUUCCAGCCCUCAGUCACCGCCAGCGGCUACAUCCACUCACGUGUGGAGGAGGAGUUCCUGUGGGACUGUAAGCAGCUGGGAGCGUACUCCCCCAUCGUCCUCCUCAACACACUGCUGUUCUUCUGCUGCAAGUACUUCGGCUUCACCACUGUCGAGCAGCACCGCCAGCUGUCCUUCGCACACGUCAUGCGCUGCACCAAGACCAACCCGGACAACAGCAAGACCACCUUCCUGCGCUUCUACCCCCCCAUUGCUAUAAACGACGAUCUACACCAAGAUCCAAACUGUGUGCCAGCCAAGAAGCGUCGAGAAGAAGACGGUUCGGAUGAUAUUCUGGAGAUGAUGGAAAACACAGAAAACCCUCUGCGCUGUCCGGUUCGACUUUAUGAGUUCUACCUAUCCAAGUGCUCUGAGUCAGUCAAGCAGCGCACCAACCUGUUCUACCUUCACCCGGAGCGCAGCUGCGUCCCUAACAGCCCCCUGUGGUUCUCCUCCAGUGCGCUGGAUGACGCCACCAUGGAGGCCAUGCUCAUACGCAUCCUGACCGUCCGCGAGGUGCGAGUCACCAUGCACAAGGCGGGAAAGGGUGCAAAGAUAACCCAGGUGGCCAGCGACCCGUCGUUCACCCCUGACAGGGAGGAAGAGGAGGAUUCGGAGUGAUGGAUUAGGGUUUAAUUGUUUUUUUUCUUUUGGGGGGGCAGCAGUUUAAGGAUUAGACAAAUCUCUGUCUGCAGAACUGCAGUGAGACUCGACAAACCAGGAGUCGCUCGUCUGGUUCUCAUUCACUACACACCAUUACUCCUCCUCAUGAUCCCUAAAAACCUGUGAAACCUGGACUUGUUCCUCACCAUGUGGACGAGGUGCAGAUCACUUCCUGUAUUUCUCUGCUGUUAACACUUUUUUGUCAGUGCGCAUACACUGUAGGAACCACGUUGGACACCAUGCUCAGAAAGACAGCGCCAAGAAGUAUGAACGUGCAAAUUAGCCACCUACAGUGUUUAAUACGCACCUCUCUGAACUCCUCUGGACACAUUUUGAUGACUUCUUGAGUGAAGGUUUUAUAACGUUGUGUGAAAUCAUUUCAGACAUGA